CCGCCAUUCCAGUGGCCAUAUUGGAUUAGCGGCAGUAACGCCAUGUUCAGAGGCCAAGGAAUACUGGGAAAUGCUCCCAGCGGAGACUCCUAUGAAUACGGACAUAAUAACACAGCCCAGACCUUUGACUAUGGCCACAAAAGCUCCAGGAAUCAGAUGGGGCAAGGCAUGAUGGGACAGGGGAUGUCCCAGAUGGGGAUGUCUGGAAUGGGCAUGUCCCAGGGGAGGAUGGGACAGCAAGGCAUGAUGGGAGGAGGGCAGGGAUUCAAUCGCAGAAUGCAGCAGGAAGUUGGGAGCAGAAUGGGAAUGCAAGGUCAUGGGGGCGGCGUGGGAAUGAGCCGCUUUAACCAAGAGAGUCAACUCAGCCCAGACAACAGCGCUAGGUUUGGUGAAGGUGGAAUGGGUCAGUUGGGAGGCGCUAACAGGAUGGGGGAUGAUGUGUCCAGACAGCUGGCGGCAGUGGCCAAUUUGAUCAAAGGUGCUACCAACAAUAGGAUGGCUGCAGAGCAAGGAAUGCAAGGCCAAGGCAUGGGUGGUUUUGGCAACCAGGGUGGAGGCAUGGGACGGAUAGGAGGCAUGGGGCAGAGAGGUAACCAGGCCAACAACAUUCCGUCUUUGCUAAGUUUGGACCAGACUAGACCUGCCGGCAUGGGUGGGGGGAUGAGGGGGAACAUUGGGGGUGGCGGUAACAGUGGUCUGCUGGGAAAUGCCCCCUUGCGACCACCCCCUAUGCCAGUGAGAAGUUUGCUGCCUUCCCCGUCAGAUCCUAAAAGGCGACGUAUGGACACUGGGGGGCAAUCUCGCCAGCAAUUCCCAGGCUCGCAGACGAGACGCCAUGAUAGCCAGCACAGGGACUCUUCUGGACAACGUAAAUCAAGAUGGUCAGAAGGGAAAUCGGCCAAGGAAUCUGCGGAUGUGUACGACCCAGCUGAACCAACUGAAGAUGAGGACCAACCCCGUGCUGGAGAUAAGAGACGUCAUAGCGGUCAGUUGAGUAAGAGAGAGGUCAGUGCAGCAGGAGAUCUCAAAGUGACCAUCCCUAACAGAGAGGCAGCCAAGGACAGUAAGUCAGAGGGGCAGGGAAAGUUUCAUUGCCAUGUGUGCGGAGUGCCAUGCCAGAACCAGGAGAAAUUUACCAAACACAUGCAAAGCCAGCAACACAAGGCUCGUCUGGCCGAUGUAGUGAACAUGUCACAGCAUGUUAACAUGACCAAACAGCAGCAGCAGCAGCAACCAUGGCCAAACAACAUGGCGCGUGCUCAAGCGGAACAAAAACUGCGACAGAUUGAACAAGAUGACUCAGACUUUUGUAAUAUCUGUAGCCACAAAUUUUCUGGCAGCAAACUGGGUCACAUGCGAAGUGCAGAGCACAAGAGGAAGUCCCGUCUCACCAACAAGGGCUGUAUCCUGUGCAAAGUGGAAUCCUUUGAUACGUACCCAGAAUAUGUGAAACAUUUAGACUCGGGUGGCCACAAGAAGAAAAAGGCAGAUCUUCAGAAAGAACUGGCAGCCAAAAAAGAGAAGGAGAAAGAAGAUGGUAAUGAUGAUGGGGGCUUUUUAACAGUUGAUGCCACUGGAAUCUUUGCUGAUGCAAAAGAAGAAGCAGAUGGUGCUAAAAGUCCUGAGGUCCCUGAAACCAAACCUGUAGAUCCCAAACCUAUAAAAACAGACAAGUUGGCUAAAGUAGACUCACCUAAGCAGGAAGUAGAUCAAACACCUGGCGUAGAAGCUGCUGAGGAGACCCCAGUGACAGAAGCCACUGUAUUGAGUUCUCCGUUGGGAGAGGUAGAGAUUCCAGCUUAUGAUCCAGAAGUACCUUUUGGCCAAGAGUAUGUUAUUCCUGUCUCUGGGUUCUUCUGCAAACUGUGCCAUAAGUUCUACAAUAAUGAAGCUAUUGCCAAGUGGAACCACUGCCAGUCCAAACAACACUAUGAAAAGUUUCAUAAGUCCAUGCGGGAUAAGUUAGCCAAAAAAGGGGUCAAGGUCAAGAGCGUCACUCCCUCCAAGGUCACAGAGGCCACAUCAUUGCAAGACACAGCAUCCCAGCAGCAGCCAAGGAAGCACCUGCACGGCUCACAGGGACAGGAUGACACCAACAGCAAGUCCAACAACAGUGAGAUGUCGCUUCAAAUCCUCAACGUCUCCUCCGUCACCAAAGAAUUCCACGAGCACAACGACGAUAACUGCCUGGAUUCAACUGCUGACAGUGACACUCAGGAGGAAGAUGGCCAUGCGGACAGCGUGGAGGCAGAAGGUCAGGCAGAAGGUCAAGGUCAGACAGAGAGUCCAAGGCCGGAUGACCAAAAGUCUGAGGGAGAUGAGGCUGUGGCUUCUCUCCACGAAGAAGUGGAUGAGGUAGUAGUGGAGAGCCCUACCAAGCGGGGCCGUGGACGAGGGACCAACAGAGGGAAACGUGGUGGUCGAAAAGGGAAAAAGUAGUACAAUUUUAUACUGGGCUUGCCUUGGCAAAUACAGAUGACCGAUUAUCUUUUUCUCAGAACACCUUUCGAAAAAGAUAAGAUUUCAUUGGAUUGUAAGUUUUUUCACUACAUUUUUUACAUUAAGUAUAUUGUGGACAUUUGAAGCAUAGUGACAAGAAAUGGACCCAUGUGAAAAAAGUGGAAAAGAAAUUUACUCCAUGUAUGAUGCCAUUAACAUUGUGGUUGUGUUUCCUGUUGUAUGAAAUACAGAUGACUAGAUCAGUUACCUAGGGCACCAGGUCUAUAGCUUGGACAUUGGCUAGAUUUAGUUCAGCGUGUGGCUUUAUCAUUUCGUUCCUACAUAUUUGAGCUGAUAGAUUAAAAGAUUCAUUGUAUGUUCAAAGAAAUAAAGAGGUUAUUUAAAU